UAAAAUAUUUUUAUAUAAUACUAUUUUAUUUACCAAGGAGUGUAAACAUUCUUUUUUUUUUAUUUAUAACUUAAUUGUUUUGGUCGUGAGGGAUAAUUUAAAGCUACUUAAAUAUGACACAAAGAAGUAACAUAUUUGCUAGACUUGUUACCUCCAUGAGGAACUUACUUAAGAAAAAGCCUAAAACUGAAAUCAGCACACCUGUAAGUGUUAUUUUUAUGAAACAUACAAGUGAUUCAAAGAGUAGUGAAGCUCAACUUACACCAGAAUCACCUCCAUCAAUACCCUCAAAAGUACAAGUAUUUAUGGAUAAGAAGGAAAAUGAAAAUGAAACCUUGGAGUUGAUUUUUGAAAAAUUGACUAAAACUUCAGACGAAGUUCGGACUUUAAAGUCAGAAAUAAUCAAACUAAGGAAAACUGUUGAGUAUAUCAUAAAUAAUGAUAGCAAACCAAAAAAACGCAAAGAUAAGAAAAAACCGAUGAACAAAAAAAUAACUGAGUUCGUAGGUUUACAGCAAAGUGGAGAUAUCAUUCCACCAGCUCCUCCACUACAUCAAAGUUUGAUGGACGAACUGAAAUGUGAUGUGAAGUUGGAGUCGGUGAAACCAGUGAUCAAAGUUAUGGAAAAGCCAAAGACUGAUGAUCAAGAAUCAGACCAAUUGGUUAUUGAUAUUCGUCGAGCUAUUAGCAUUCGUCGUACAAGAUUUACGAUGAGCAGCAGCAGUAGCUCAUCCUGUAAUGACGAUUAUGAUUAACAAAAUAAUGUAUGUGGAGUUUAAUGAGAACUUAUCUCAUAAACAUGCCUCUAAUUAAUUUUUUUUGUGAAAAAUAAACUGUUUUUUUGCUUA